CCUUGGUUCACUCUCUCCUUUUCAUACCCCAGGUGGGGCGACACUAGGCAGGGUCGUUCACAAUACCACGAGCACCACAAUGCCCAGAGCCGCGGGCUCAUCGACGGUGCUCGGUGGAGCAGUGGCCACAGUGGGGAGGCCACCAGAUGCCCCUCGUCAACGGCACUCGGACGCGGCGUCGGGCUCUCGCUCCGCUCAUCAGUCGAUAUCUACUGCACCCAUAGUCGAUCUGGCGUCCUUCGUAGCCACGUACACGGCGGCGCAGAGCUCUGCUUCUGCCGCCCGUGGCUCGGCCCCGGAAACCCCGGUGAUGGCGACUGCCGCGGCAACGUCAGACCGCACCAACGCCAACACAACGGCCGCUCCACCCACCCCCCCAACGGGGGUACAGGUGCCGAACGGACAGGUAGUCGUUCCUCGCGGCAGCUCGAGCAGCAGUUCCAGCACACAACGCCAUUCCCAAAUAGCACCAAUCGAAAGUGGCACGAGUGUCCCGACGGAAGAAAACAACAACCUGCGCUCAGCGGUCGGGUCGGCUGUGGAUGCUGGUGGCGACCGGCACUCGACUCCUAGUGCGACACACGAAACGCAGAACUCGAGGCAGAAGCGCAAAGAGGAGUACGAUUACCUGCAGGCCAACCUCGACCGCAAGGACACGGAGAUUGAGCAGUUGCAAAAGCGCUGCACCCAUCUCGAGCAAUAUGUGCGGAAGCUGCAGACCGCGCUAUCAGACGGCGGUCUCCAAGUUCCCAAGGAGCCGCACUUCGGACACACACCCCUUCCCGCGCCGCCGACGCCACCCGCCCCUGCGCAGCUCGUGGCGGACACGGUGGCUGCUGCCUCGGCGAUUCCUGGCGUCCGCCAGAUUCGUCCUCUCGCCUCCGGAAGCUCUCGGCCGGCCGCCCAAGCGGCGCCGUCACCUGGUAUCCGUCCCCCCGCAUCACCCAAUGGUACCGUUCCGCCUGCUCGCCAGCCUUUGCUUGUUUAUCGACCCGAGGCGCUCCACGUGGGAAGUACAAGUGGUGGUUCCUCCGAGAGGCGCUCGGUGGAUAUACCGGAACCUCGUCUCGCCACUUUGGUUGGAUCCGGCGCUUCGUCCCCUGCAUUCCUGGCGGAUAGGAGGACGACGACACCGCGGUCGUCUGCUGCUCCAACACCCGACUCGCAGACCGUCGACAGCAUACCAUUGCAUGGCCAACCAUUGGCCAAGAGAAAGAGCCGUCCCAACCCCCAACAAUCAGAGGCGUCUCGCUCCAGUGCUGGCUUCCAGUCGAACGUGCCGGUCGUCCCCCCAGCAGGAGAGGCUCGCUUUGUUCCGUUUGUGUUCAACCGCACCCGUAGCUCGGGAAGCGAACGGGAGGUGGAGCAACGGCCAAUGUCAGACGACGAGUCGGGCUACGACGACUACGAUAAUGGCUACGAUGGCUACAACGGCAAUGGCGGCUAUGAUCGUAACGACAUGUCGGACCCAGCUCGGGCGCGGUAUGUGCAUCGUAUACAUGAGAAGCCCUUCUUGCACGACGGGGUCGCUCAAGCGCCAUUCCCGGAUCCCGAGCCAUCAUCCUUCCUGUCGGCUACACAUCUAUUUCCUGGUGGAGUCUUUGCCGCUGGGGACGACCUUGAUGCGCUGUCCAUCUCUGCACUCUUCAACAUUGAGGACUGGGGCGGCGACGACAAUGACGACGAGUUCGUGCCGCCGUCCUCGCCUCCAAAGGAGGACGACAGCGACUUUGAGGAUGCGACGCCCGGUGUGCGGCCCAAGCGCCGGCGCUUGAACGACGAGAACGCAGGGGAUAAUGAAGACAAUGAUGAAGACGACGACGACGAUGAUGACGACGACGACAUGAACAUUGCCGAAGACGAAGAGGAGGACCUGUUCCAGCCUAUCGAGGACGUGCCAGUUCCCAUGGAACAGCUCUACCAGGACGCGAUGGACGCGCUGGGCGUGAGCUCACGCGCCGAACUCGCAACCGUUGUGGCCAAGAUUGUCGAGACGGCCAACAAAAGCGGCGGUCCGACUACCGAGCAGGUUGAAGGCCUGCGCCGCCUUGCGCUGCUCGCUGAAGCGCAGGGGUUCUACAAUUCUACCAGUGACAAUAAUCAUUCUCGGGACGAUCGGUCUCAAUCGUAG